CAUACGUGUUACCCAUAUUAAUAUUAUUUUUUAAAAUUGCCAACAGACGACGGUGUAUUUUCUAUUAUGCUUUUACAAUCUCUUAAAAAAUAUUCAUUUUUUGGCGGUAGUUUGCAGUAAGCGCCGCGCUAAUUUAAAUGAUCAUUGCCGUUGCAGGCAGCAAAGGAGGAAAUUACAGCUACACAAGGUCACGUCUCUCCCCAGUAGGGAGUUUUUCCUUGUGUGCAGCCAGACUCUGUCCCUUCAAAGCACCUGGAUUGCAUUCCCAAGGAGUGCUCGGUUUCCCUCUAUACACCACUGGAUUUAACGGGUAGUGUUCACGAAUGGUAUUCGAACGGUUUUCUUUUUGUUUGUUUGUUUGUUUUAACGGCAUGCAUUAGGGAGUGCAUUUUUUCUAACAGAGCGAGUAGCAGCAUUUUAACGACGUGUAAGCCAUGCCUUUUUUCGUAUUUUCAAGAGAAAUAAACGAAUUGGCUGACGCUUUUAUUUGAUGCCCAACAUCUCUGUAUGGUGUAAAAAGGAUAUUAUUUAAAACAACUGCAUUUGCUUCCCACAAAAGUGUGGGACGGAAUUAUUCAUUAAAAUUACCCUUUUUGCAAUACGGAUAGAAUAAAAAGGAUUCCCACGUCAGCUGUGGUGGAGGUGUGGAUUGUUUUGCGCCGAUCCUAGAUGUAUUUUGUCAGAGUGUUUCCUGGAUGAUGUAUGUUAUGCUUGCAGUCGUUUUUUUGGCAUGCUCUGAUUUUGGACUCUUUGUUACAAAGGUGAUCCAUACCAUAUCCUCAUUACUAUCGACAGCACCAUGUCCCCUCAAGCUUCUGCUGCGGAGACGAUCAGUGAAAGCAGCACUACCAAUGUACCCGAGGAAGAGGAGGUUGAGAAUGACAGGGAAGAGCAGCGACCACUGAAGCAGUCCCUUAGCAAAUCACUAUGCAGGGAAACCCACUGGAAGUGCCUGCUGCUUUCCCUUCUCAUGUAUGGAUGCAUGGGAGCCAUGACCUGGUGUCACGUGACCACAGUCACCAGACUGAGCUUCGGCACUGCCUACAAUGAGGACACCAUGAUAUACCAUGACAGCCCCUGUUCUAAUGGCUAUGUCUACAUCCCCCUGGCCUUCCUGGUCAUGCUUUAUGUUGUGUAUCUGGUGGAAUGUUGGCACUGCUAUACCAGAAAUGAGUUGCAGUACAAAGUAGAUGUGGAAAGCAUCUCCGAACGGAUACAGAGGAUGCAGCAAGCCACGCCAUGCAUCUGGUGGAAGGCCAUCAGCUACCAUUAUGUGCGAAGGACGAGGCAAGUCACGAGAUACAGAAAUGGAGAUGCCUACACCACAACCCAGGUUUAUCACGAAAGGGUCAACACCCAUGUUGCUGAAGCUGAGUUUGACUAUGCCAACUGUGGGGUAAAAGACAUUUCCAAGGAUCUAAUGGGUUUGGAGAGCUUUGCUGUCACCAAACUGAGGUUCACCAAGUGCUUUAGCUUUGCUAAUGUUGAGUCAGAAAACUCAUACCUGACCCAGCGUGCUAGGUUCUUCACCGAAAACGAAGGCUUAGACGACUACAUGGAGGCAAGGGAAGGAAUGCAUCUUAAGAAUGUAGACUUUAAAGAAUACAUGAUUGCCUUUUCCGAUCCUGACCACCUCCCUUGGUAUAUCUCCCACUAUGUCUUCUGGAUUACAGCCCUUUUGACUCUGUCUUGGCCUCUUCGGGUGCUGACAGAGUAUCACACUGCUUAUGUCCACUACCACGUGGAAAAACUUUUUGGCUUCGACUAUGUUCCUGUGACCCCAUCUGAGGAGCGACCCUACUGCAGGAGGAUACCUCGGGUCAACACCAUUGACAGCACAGAGCUCGAGUGGCACAUUAGGUCCAACCAACAGCUGGUCCCCAGCUACUCCGAGGCUGUCUUAAUGGACCUUUCCCAGCUCUCCAGCUGCAACACUUACACUGUGUGCGACUAUGGUAAUUACAGACAGAACUGCGAUAGGUGCCACAGAACCAUCAGCAGCUCUUCCAUCUUCUCCAGGAGUGCGCUAAGCAUAUGCAAUGGCAGUCCUAGGAUCCCCUUCAGCGCCAGCAGGUUCUCACUGGGACGCCUCUAUGGGUCAAGGCGCAGCUGUCUGUGGAGGAGCCAGAGUGGGAGUCUUAAUGAACAGAAUUGCUCCAACGAGAAUACACGCUGCUUGUCCGGGCAGAUCACAAAUGAAGAGGAUCCUCCACCCUAUCAGGAUGCCGUUUACUUCCCUGUUUUAAUAGUUCACAGGAACGAAGGCUGCCUCAACCAUGAUCACAGGUCCCUGCACAGGAAUGGCUCCUGUGUCGAGACGUCCUUAUGACUAAAUAUGAGAACUUAAAACCGAGGUAGAUUUGGUGAACAAUUGUAUACUGUUUACACAUUUUGAACUAAAGAAACACUUUAGGUUUAUGGAGUUACUAAAGUUGUGUUAAAAUACCUGUGUAAAAAUUAAGUUUUAGUGCCCCACACAGUUAAAAAGGGUUUAUAUAUUUAAGGUGGUUGCCUUAUAAGCCCGUGUUUGAAAAUAUCGGCAGAAAUAUAGGUGUACCUGUAAAUUGUUCAAAAUAUUACACACAAAUACCAUUUCUUUGUAUUCAGAAAGGAAUAAAAUGUAUGUGCCUGGAGCUGAAACUAAGAUGUUUGGGGAAUGUAAAUAGACUGGGAAUAAGAUAUGAAGUGCACAGAAGGUUAAACUAUGAAAGAAUUUAGUAAACAGUCACCAGGGAUCAUAACUUUUUAUAAAAU